CUGGACCCUCUCCCUCUCCUCCAAAUAUUGUUGAUUGAGCGGGGUACGUGUGACAAGAGGUCCUGGGGGCCUCUCAUUCCAACUACGGAGACCCCGUCGACUCCUCCUAGGACACAUCGUUGGACACCAUCUCGAGCAUUAGUUAGCAGAACGGAGCCCGCACUGCCCCGACAUCUCUACAUGUGGACAUCCCCGUCCCGCCUGAGGAUUGGUCGAGCACCGAGGAAAAAGGACAUUAGAAAGUAACAGUGCAUCUCGGUCAACGGGAUUUCAGCGAAUAGAGUGAGAGAAUAAUGGAUCGCAAAUCUUCACUCAGUACGAAGAGAAAAUUAUCGUUUCUCGGCUUUGGCAAACGGCCCUCGACCGACGGAAAUGGCGCGGAAACGGUCCCGGAGCUGGACGAGGAGAUGGAGAAGGUCUUCGCCAUGGACUCUGGUGAAAAAUUCGACGUAGCUCGGUUGGGCUCACCCUCAGAGUCAGCUGGCUCCGACCGCGACAGAGAUCGUGGACCACCUCCACGUUAUGGCGAUCAGGUGUUCAAUCAACACCGAAAACGAAGUUAUCCACAUCCACACAUGCCCUUGAAGAGCUUACACUCAAGAUCAAUGAGAAGGCAUCUAUCAACCGAGGGUUCAACCGAUCAAGAGCCGGACGAAGACAGUGUGGCAACCACUAGAAACGGUGACACCCCGCGCACAGACACCCCCGACAAUGCGCCAUCAGUGACCAACACCGACGGCACUCUCUCUCCAGACGACCAGGACAACACCUUGAGCAGUGAGUCCGAGGCCCCGGUAUCUGAGCGUGCAGCCUCCGGUUGCACAGACUCCCCCCUGAUUGGCGCACCCCGAGUGCAGUUUGAAAAGAUCCAGGAAGAGGAAGACCAGUCCCCGCAGACCGAGGAGGCCCUCACCGAGGAGGACCGCAAGCGUCGGCACAAGCACGAUCACAAAAGGCAUCACUACAAGUCGCGUAAGUACUCACUCCAAGAGGAUCCGCAAUGGCGAAAGAGAUCGGGCGCUGGACUACCGGACAUUGCUGGUGCAAUGGGGAGACGUGUAUCGGUUCAACCGGACGAGGCUUCAACUUUACAAGAGCUAGACAUAGAUGAUCUUGAGUCGCACAGGAGCGAUGAUCCCCGGGGGAUGCGUCGGCACAAGGCCGCCCACUCGACAGUACAAAUUGGAAGGAAGAAAGAGGGUGGAAUACCCCAUGAGACGUUUAAAAAGAUGUAUGAUCACUCGCCCCACGAGGUUUUUGUACAGCUCGACGAGUUGCACGGUAUCGGCGAGGAGAGGGAGUGGAGAGAGACUGCCAGGUGGAUAAAAUACGAAGAAGACGUCGAAGAGGGUGCGGAUAGAUGGGGCAGACCCCACGUGGCGUCUCUCAGUUUCCAUUCGCUCCUCAAUCUUCGACGUUGCCUUGAGACUGGGGUGGUACUGCUGGAUCUCGAGGAGAAGGAAGUGCCGGGGUUGGCCUACAGGGUUGUGGAGCAGAUGGUUAUCGAGGAGCUUAUUCUACCCGAGGACAGGCCCGUUGUCAUGCGGGCACUGCUGCUGAGACAUCGACAUGUUCACGAACAUGAGAGGGGCUUUCGCUUCGGAGGGAAAAAGAAUUAUGCGAGCUACACUUCACUUCAGUCUAUCUGGCUGGAUGAGGAAGAUACUGCGCGGGAGAGCACUGACAACCAUAAUCUUCAAGACGCAAAGUCGAAGAUCAUCCCGACUCAUCCCCCGGACCCCAAUCACACCACCAUAGACAUGAAAGAAGAGAUGACAUACACAAGCAGCAGUGAGGAUCUAAAGAAGAACCGCAACGAGUAUAUCCUGAAGAGGAUACCAGCAGGAGCUGAAGCAACGGUGGUGCUUGUGGGCGCAGUUGAUUUUCUGGACCAGCCGACAAUAGCCUUCGUCCGUCUAGCCGAGGGAGUUCUUCUCCCAUCGAUAACAGAAGUGAACAUCCCGGUGAGAUUUAUGUUCACCCUUCUGGGGCCUCGCAACGCCGACCUGGAUUACCACGAGAUAGGAAGAUCGAUAUCAACACUGAUGGCAAACACAUCAUUUCACAAGGUCGCUUACAAAGCCACUGAGCGUCGUGAGCUUUUGUCUGCGAUAAACGAGUUUCUGGAUGAUUCGAUAGUCCUUCCCCCUGGGGACUGGGAGCGCCAGGCGCUGCUGCCCUUUGACGAACUCAAGUCCAAGAGCGAGGCGAUAAGAAAUCGCAAGGCAAAGGCACUGGCCAAAGCUGCUAGAGUGGAAAAGGCGAAUGAAUCACUGGCUAUCAAGAAGGCUCUGCUAGCUGGUGAAGAGGGAAAGCCCCCGGAUGACAGUGAUCCCUUGAGGAGGACCAGAAGACCCUUCGGGGGUCUCAUCAACGACGUCAAACGAAGAUAUUCAUUCUAUUUAUCAGACUUCACUGAGGGUCUCAAUUCUUCUUGUCUUGCUGCUGCUAUUUUCAUGUACUUCGCUGCCCUCUGCGCCGCCAUCACAUUUGGAGGUCUCAUCAGUGACAAAACGCGAAAUAUUAUUGGCAUUUCGGAGACCCUGGUGUCCUGCUGCUGGACAGGAGUCAUAAUGGCCCUUUUUUCAACUCAACCACUUGUAAUUAUCGGGACGACUGGACCUCUCUUGUUGUUUGAUGAAAGUCUCUACAAUUUCUGUAUUCAAAAUGGUCUCGACUUCUUGACGAUGAGGGUCUACGUAGGGGGAUGGAUGGGAAUCAUCGCCCUGACAGUGGCUUGUGCCGAGGGCUCGGUCCUGGUGAGACUAUUCACACGAUUCACCGAGGAAAUUUUCACUGGGUUAAUAUCACUUCUGUACAUCGUCGAGACAUUCGUGAAACUUGUGAAUUAUUUUCAGAGGAAUCCACUCCUCCAUGAGUACUGUUUUGUUUGCGAUGAUAAUAACAGUACGUCGUUGGUGAAUUCAACUAUUGGUGGUGAUGGUGGAAUGAAUGAGACUCUUGAGAGUGAUAUGUGCUCAAACGGAACGUUACCAAGAUACAACUCAGCGAAUUUACUUAUCAAUCAACCUAACACUGCACUGAUGUGCACUAUCCUCUGUUUGGGAACUUUUCUGGGAGCUUAUUACCUGAGAAUAUUCAGGAACAGUCACUACUUGGGUCGAAGUGCUAGGCGAGCAUUUGGGGACUUUGGUGUACCACUCAGUAUAAUCACAUUCGUGCUUAUUGAUUUUCUGGCUGACGUUAAAACUGAGAAGCUGUUGGUGCCAGAGGGUUUGACCCCCUCGAUUCGAGGCAGAAGUUGGAUUGUUUCACCAAGUGGUGGUGGCAAUCCUGUACCUGUGUGGAUGGCCUUUGCCUGUAUUGUACCCGCGUUAUUAGUCUACAUUCUUGUGUUCAUGGAGACUCAGAUAUCAGAGUUGAUAAUUGAUAAGAAGGAGAGAAAAUUGAGAAAGGGAUGUGGUUAUCACAUGGACAUUGUGGUGGUCUGUUUGAUGAACGUUGGAUGUGGCUUGAUGGGCGCACCCUGGUGUUCAGCAGCAUCAGUGAGAUCGUUGACUCACGUGUCAGCUGUCACGAUAAUGUCCAGGACUCAUGCACCUGGUGACAAGCCGCAUAUCGUUGAGGUGAAGGAGCAGAGAGUGUCAGCACUUCUUGUAUCAAUUCUCGUUGGAGUUUCUGUCCUCAUGGCACCACUCCUCAGACGUGUACCCAUGGCUGUUCUCCUAGGUGUUUUCCUCUACAUGGGAAUAUCAUCCACCAAUGGGGUACAACUAUUCGAUCGUGUUAAAUUAUUCUUCAUGCCUGUCAAGCAUCACGGUGGUGCCAAUUAUGUUAGACGUGUCCAAACAUACAAAAUGCACAUAUUCACACUCAUUCAGAUAUUCUGCUUAACCGUCCUGUGGAUUGUUAAGAGUACAACAGCUGCCCUUGCACUACCAUUCUUUCUCAUACUUAUGAUACCACUGCGAGCACAGAUGACGAGAUUCUUUACACCAGCUGAAUUACGUGCACUUGAUACUAAAGAACCAGAUCACGAGACUGUCGAAGAUGAGCCUGAUUUCUACGAGGAGGCCCCAUUACCUGGUUAGAACAGUUGUGCCUUAUUGAUUCAAUACCUUCGAUCGAGUCUUUAUUAUUCCUCAGAUAUUGUUCCAAUUUGCUACAUCGAUGCGGAUGAGUUGAGAUUGUUUAUCGUUAAUCAUUGGCUCAAUAUUUGCAUUUUAAGGUACGAGGAUUUGUUGAUGAGGGAAAUUUUUGGGAGGGCUGUCCCUCAGACCUCUUGAGUUGAAUUGUUCACACUUGUGGGUAUGUGAGUACUUAUUGACGUUGUAGGUAGGCUUAUUAUCAUUUUCUAGGUGAAUAAUUGUCAAUUAAUAAUUGAUAGAGCGCGUAGUUUGGGAUUUUAUUGUUUAGGAGGGACUAGAGGGUGGUGUCAACAUUGGAAAAUAUUUCCAGAUAUCACUAGUGUAUAUAGAUAGUUAUUAGGGUCUUAUUGUAGUGAUACUGCACAUCGCUCAGUUUUAUGUUUCUCGUCACACUCAAAAGUUACUUAGAUGAACAGGACAUUGAUCAUUGGUGCUACUAACAAUUAUUUAUUCCUUCGAAUUUUUAAAACCCUUAAUUAUUGUGAAUCGUUGGACUUGAUGCUACCUCAGCAAUACCUGAUUGAUGAUUAGGAAGGGAUUUUACAUCCAUUUGAGUGAACUGUAAUGGUAUGUUAAUCGAUAGUGGUGCUGUAUUUGCCAAGGUUUGAUGAUUAAUGUACUUACGAUUAGAUGAACGAACGAACAAAUGAGAGAUUUAUGAAAAUUCAAGGCUUGUAAACCUGCUCGAAAAUACUUGUUCAAGAAUUCCCUAUUUUUCGUGAUGAAAUACAAUCAAGAAUCAAGAAUUUCGAGUUGGACAAUAAGAUGAAUGCCAUAAGAGUUUAUUAUAUUUGAAUAAUGUACCUGAAUGGUUGAUUAUAUCACUACGGAGCCAAGCACAAUGAAUCUCAUUACCAGAAACGUCCCAUCCAUAUUUACAAUUUUAGUUGAAUCAGAAAAUCUUAGGGGAAUGGAGGAACAAUGCUUGGUGACGUUUUAAUUGCGAGGGUAUUAGAGAGAUAUAAAUAUAUUUUGUAAUGUGUUGGGUGGAUAAUUACGACGGUGAAUAGGUUUACAUGUGUUGAAUUUAGAGCCGUUGAACAGGACAUGAUAAUUCCACAUAUUUUGAGAGGACAGUUGUUUGAAAUUUAAGACAGAAAAUAGGGCCAGAAUGAAAGAUAUAUUGUAUUUUGAUCAAUGCCAAGGGGGAGCCGAAAAAAAUGCUCCACUUGGACUUUUAACAGAAGGCGAAAAUUAUUAAAAAAUCCCCCCAAUAUUUACUUAAUUGUGAUAGACUCGUAGACUAUUGAUACUACGCAAUCAACUAUCGGAACACCUGCGAAUAUUUAUCGUUGUUGAAUUGACAACUCGCGAGAAUGAGUUGAACAGUGAUGAAUUAUCCAAUUUUAUCGAUCACGUAUACUACUGAUGCCACUGCAGAUGACAUAAUAGAGAUAAUUCAGAGAUUCGUUAAUAUAGUAUUAUGUAAAUAAUUCAGUUAACGUACAGUAUUACGAGUAAUAAAUAAAUCGUAUUUUAAUUUUGCCCUCUA